CCACGAAGACCUGAGGACUUCUGAACUGUUCAAAUAUUCAUGAAUGAAUUUCUCUUCCUUCAUAGUCACUAGAUGGCGUUGUUCUGUUUAGAAACAUUCAAAGGUCGAACAACUAUCAAAAUGGAAUCCAACUCUAAACUGGAGAAUAGUUUUAAAGUGAUACCCUACCCUGUUGAUCUACCUGUGCAACAUUAUGGCGAGCUGAGCACAGGAUGUGACGAAUACAUGUCCAGUGUCCAGUCAGAUGGUGCCAUGGCUUCUUUCUCCCUUCCUCAUGGACAGAAAGUGGAAGUAACCAGUGAGAACAUUGGUCGGCUUGCAUUUCUGAGAGAUGGUGAUUUAUCACAUUUUAUUCUUGCUCUCCACACACCUGAGGAUGAAACACAAGUGGUUGCUGUGUACUUGCAAGGCAAAUGGUGGCCUGUUGGUGAUGUUUUGAAGACAUCGAACAAAUCAAGAAGUGGACUUGUGUUAGUGGAGUCAGUGAUGGAGAGAGUUGUGCUAUUCCUGCUAAGUCAAGUUAUAUUUGGAAUUCUGGAAAGGCCCCUCGGAGAAGACCUAUAUUUUUCUGCGUAUUCCAUGUGGGAACAUGGCAAAAUUCUCUGGCAAAAUGGAGAAGCGGUUGGGUUUUACACAGUCAAAAAAAAGGGCAGCCUGUGUGACGGCUGCACUGGUCAGAGUUAUCAGCUCCCUGUGCUGGACACUGUGUUUGUUCGCUCUCACUGGAGAAGGACCGGACUUGCUUUACAGAUGCUGGAGGAUUUCUGCUCAUCCCAGCCCUCUGAGGACAUUCUGGGAAUUAGCUUUCCUAUGUCUCCUGGCAUGUAUGGAGUUUGCAAGAAGUAUCUCUGGACCCACAAAGAAGAACGAGACCGUCUUUAUGAGGUAGAGGCCCCUGGUGAAUGGGCUCAGAGACGCAAUGUGUGGUUAAAGAUCCAGCUGCGGGACCUCCCAAAACACUGUGGAAACUCAGAGCAGAGUCCACACAGCUCAUACAGGCACGAAACAAGUGAAGUUGACUUUGAAGAAGAGGGGAUCCUGCAACAAUGUGGCUCAUCAGUCAGUCUCAAACACACAUCAAACUCAGAAAAGAAGCGACCAGCAGAACAGUCCAACACAGGGACUAACUUUAAAAAAGCCAGGGCUUAACAUUUAUGUGUCCGGAAAGAUCUCAGACAGGAAAUGUCCUUUCAGAGCCAUAACAGAGAGCCUAAACAUUCAAGAUGGAACUCUACAAAGUAUGUAGAUGUGGGCAAAUAAAUAAAUUCUAAAUAAAUAUAUGAUAUGCUUUAUGGGUUUAUCUUUAUUACCAUAGAGUGCUACCAUAGAGUACGGCUGUUUUUUAUUGCGUGUGUUGAACUGCUAGUGAUUUAGUGUUAGUGAUUUAUUCUAUGUAAUGUGUUGUGUAAAUUUGAUUGUGUAAUGUGAUAUAUUUUACAAAAUAAAAAUAUUUAAAUAA